CAGCGGUGCUACGCCUCCCGGGGCCGCUCGGCCGCGCCCGCUGGCGGAAGCUGCGCUCUGCCGGGCUAGAGACGCUCUGGUCCAGGGUCCCCGGCGGAGCCGCGGCCGCUUUCGGUGGCUCGCCGGCCGACUGGCCUCCCACCGCAGGGCCAUGCAGCGCUUAGCGAUGGACCUGCGGAUGCUCUCCAGGGAGCUCUUCCUCUACCUGGAGCACCAAGUCCGGGUUGGGUUCUUCGGCUCGGGAGUGGGCUUAUCCCUGAUCCUGGGCUUCAGCGUCGCUUACGCCUGCUAUUACCUGAGCAGCAUCGCCAAGAAGCCCCAGUUAGUGACGGGGGGUGAGAGCUUCAGCCGCUUCCUCCAGAACCACUGCCCUGUAGUGACAGAAACGUACUACCCGACGGUCUGGUGCUGGGAGAGUCGAGGACAGACACUCCUGAGACCUUUCAUCACUUCUAAGCCAUCGGUGCAGUACAGGAAUGAACUUAUUAAAACUGCAGAUGGAGGACAGAUUUCACUGGACUGGUUUGAUAAUUCUAACAGUAAAUGUUAUAUGGAUACCUCUACCAGACCCACUAUUUUAUUGUUACCUGGACUCACUGGAACAAGCAAGGAAUCGUAUAUCCUUCAUAUGAUCCAUCUUAGUGAAGAACUGGGAUACAGAUGUGUGGUUUUUAACAACAGAGGAGUGGCAGGGGAGAAUCUCUUGACACCAAGGACUUACUGCUGUGCUAACACUGAAGACCUGGAGACUGUUAUUCACCACGUGCAUAGUCUGUACCCUUCGGCUCCCUUCCUGGCAGCAGGGGUUUCGAUGGGAGGAAUGCUGCUUUUGAAUUACCUGGGCAAAAUUGGGCCAAAAACUCCUUUGAAGGCAGCUGCAACUUUUUCAGUCGGUUGGAAUACUUUUGCUUGCUCUGAGUCAUUGGAGAAACCACUCAACUGGUUGCUUUUCAAUUACUACUUGACAACUUGCCUCCAGUCUUCAGUUAAUAAGCACCGGCAUAUGUUUGUGAAACAAAUCGACAUGGAUCACGUCAUGAAGGCUAAAUCCAUCAGAGAGUUUGAUAAGCGAUUCACCUCAGUCAUGUUUGGAUACCAAACAAUUGAUGAUUAUUAUACUGAUGCCAGCCCGAAUCGUAGACUGAAAUCAGUGGGAAUUCCAGUGUUGUGUCUGAAUUCUGUGGAUGAUGUUUUCUCACCAAGUCAUGCUAUUCCAAUUGAAACUGCCAAGCAAAACCCUAAUGUUGCUUUGGUCCUUACUUCUUAUGGAGGCCAUAUUGGUUUUCUGGAAGGAAUCUGGCCAAGGCAGUCCACUUACAUGGAUCGAGUCUUCAAGCAGUUUGUGCAGGCCAUGGUUGAACAUGGACAUGAACUCUCCAGCAUGUAGCUCCUUAGGUGCAUUUGGUCUGAACCACCAUAUAAAGGCAACUCAGCUUAGUGCACAAAUCUUAACUACUGUAUAUAAAGCAGAUAAGCCAGCAGGUGGUGAAGAGGUCCAGAAUGACAUGCAAAAACCACUUUUUUGGGAAAACAAAACAACUUUGUAGCAA